AUGUCUACCAUGUCUCGCUCGACCUUGGCUGCAUUCACCUCCUUUGAGAGCCAACGGAGUUCUCCACCAGCAGUCGGUGCUCAGAAUAACCAGCAAACGCAGGAGGAGCAGCAGAACCACCACCGCCACCACCCUAUAUCACCCACUGCUAAUAAUAAUUCUAAUAAUACCUCUUCCUUCCCCUCUCCUACCCUGACAAACCCUGAUAUGAUUCUCCCUUACGACAUCGAGCGCGAAUGCUCCACCCCUUCGCCCCCUUUUCGACCCUUACAACUCCCAUCGCCAGAGCACUCUGGUUACCGUCGCAGCGUCUUACAGGCAGAGAAUAGGUUGCAUAUUUCCUCUGCGGGAAUCGGUGUAGCGGUCUCUGCAUCGAACAGCGCGCCCAACAAUUAUCAACAGCGGAACGCUCCUCCGCGCAACAAUUGGGUGUUUUCAGGGCAUGAGGUUCGCCCGCCGUUGUCGGAUAUUGGAGAGGAGGAAUCACCUACGCGUUCCAGAUGGGAUGGAGAUGACGAAGAGGCACAGGGAAACGAGAUGACUUUGGAGAGUGCGCUGGUUUUGAAAACUCAAUGGCACAAUAAAACCGAUGGGACCCUAGGGCAAGACGUUGGAUAUGGCGAUCACGAUCAUGGCAGUGCCGCGGAGGAGGAUUCUGCAAGCUGCAGUGCAUCCAGUUCGACGGUCAGUGCUCCAAGUGAGAUUCUAGACAAAUGGGAAGAGUUUCGAACAGAUCAUCAGAAUGGGGAUUCCCAUAACGGGACACAUCUAGAGAAUGCGACAAAGGAGCUCAACCAAUGUUACAGCCAAGAGAGCGACCGUUUAUCACAGGAUUUUGCGGAUGUCGAAUCUUUGAGGGAAACGAGGGAUAUGAGGGCUAUCAGAGAAGAGGGGGGAGUCGAUGGAGAAAUCGACGUGGAGAUGGAUGAUGAAAUUUCCUCUGCUAUGUUGAGCAAGGAAGCGGAACGGAUUCUUGAAAACGCAAAGAAGAGACUGACGCACAUGGAAGGUAAUCUCAGUCGAGCCCGUACUUCUUUUCGCAUGAGUCCAUCACCUUCUCUCUUGAUGGGUACAUCUCCCCUCAACCACCGUCAAUCUACGGGUAACAUGGGCAGAUCAUAUUCUAUCCUCGAGAGGCGGGCUCAAACUAGCCUCGCUGGAGCACUGAUGCGCCAAAGGGUUUCUCAAGAUUUGAGUGCGAAUAGUUCACAUUCCAGGGGCUUGAGCGAUGUAUCAGUCCAGUCAGCACAAAGUGGUGUGGCCAAUAGAGAAAAUAUGCGACCUCCAUUCCGCUCUUUCAGCGCACUUGGGUCAACGAACGCAUCGGGUUUUGGAGCAAGUGACAUCUCCCGCCAUGAUCGAUCCGAGGCUAAAACGACAUACAAAUCGCUAGUGUCUACAUUCAACUAUAUUCCUGAAGAUCCAUCUGAGCCUAUUAGUAACAACGUUUCACAAUCAGACUCUCCACAUUCAAAACCGGACUCACUGCUCGCACAACGGAAUGGUAACCUUGAAAAUACACCUCCUAAUCGUGCGAACGGCGUUCCAAAAAUCUCAUCGGUGGAGGAAUUUAAUGCCACGUAUCCAGCUAGCAUACCAUCUCGUUCCCAGUCACAGCUCCAAGUCCGCGGCCUUCAAGACCAGAUGCAGGAUCUUAAAAGCAAGAUCUCGACCCUCAAAGUUCAGGCACAGGAAGAUAACGUACGCCGACGAAGUCUCCAAAGUCUUCGCACUCCCAGCCCGUUCACGGCGGCGGAGCAGUGGUACACAACUGCUGGCGAAUUUGUUGGCGCGCGUGGUAAUGGUGCGGAUACCUUCUGGAACGAGCAAAGUAAUGAGAAAAAUAUAGGCGGAGGUACAGCCCAGCCACAUCUGGCUCCCCUCAACACUGGUCCGUCUCCUGCCCCGGAGGUGGUAGAGGAGCCGACACAGCAAAUCUCGGAUAGGGAUCGCCCAGCCGACCAGAAAUCGAUAGUAGCCAGCCUUUAUGAGGAUGCGGAUGAAGAAUUUGACGAUGACGAUUCGGAUGAUAUUGACCGAGCCGCCCUCGCUAAAAUCCUAAGUGAACCACUUGACAGCCCAGUGUCAUCUGAUGAGGAUAUAUAUGAAGACUUUCCGCCUGUGCCUACUGUAUCAGAGACUACGCGACACGAGGAUCGAGAAGACGCAUUUGACUAUGAAAACUUUUUCCUACACAGUGCAUUGGGAAAUUACUCAAGAGAUAAGGCCUACCAGCGCCGUCAAAGUUAUAGCUCCGCCGGAUCCGUGGAGACUACAAGGCCAGGGAGUCAGGCAACUGUUUACUUAGACACGUCACCACGAGGCAGGAAGCGCCAUGUGCGAAAUAAUAGCGCUGAUACAAUAUCCACGACAGCUUCCUUUGAGACAGCUACAGAAGGGGCGGAAUACGGCGACGACAACGAGGAUAGCGCCGACGAAAUUGAGAAAGCGUUGUACGGGAGCAUGAACGGGAAAGGGAUGAAGUAUUCCCACUCCGACCUUCAAUUCCGCCAACAAUAUCAAGACUCCCAAACCACCAGCCGACAACAGACUCUCCAAACCGUCAUCUACGCUAACGGUUCCGUCUCACCCACUCCUCUCUCCACUGUCUCUACGCCGCGCGCAUCAAUUAAAAACACCAGCAAUAAUAACAAGAAAUUCGGCAGCCAUCACCGAGGCCACAGCCGCCAUCACUCCAACAACGCUUCUACCUCACUUCGCGAAGCUGCUGCACACUUACGCUCCCCAACAGUCAUGAUAUCCUCUCUUAUAUCGUCCGCCGCGACACAAUUGUAUACGUCAGAGUCGGAAGUCGACCAAGUAAUAUUCGACGCGCGGCUCAGCCAGGAUGACACUAAAGUGAUGGAAGGGCUUCUCCAGAGCCUGGGCAAAGUAGCGCUACAACUGCAGUUGUCGUCUAAUAACAGCGAUAAACGGUCGAGCGCGGACGAGAGGUCUUCCGUUCUUUUCCGGAGGAGGCUGGACGCCGCAAGGAGGGUGUUGGACGGACAAUUAGAUGUUUAA